AUGAUGUUUGUAGGAAAGUAUAAACAAGUAAUAAUGACACAAACAACAACGAAAGUAGUCCUUCAACGAGAUAGCGUAGCAACACCAUGGGGAUUUAGACUUCAGGGUGGAGCUGAUUUUCGAAUACCGUUUACUGUUAAUAAAAUUAUUGCCGGCUCACCCGCUGAAGGUUUUCUACGUCGUGGAGAUGUUAUACUUGAAAUUGAUGGUCAAAAUACACAAAACAUACAACAUUCAGAAGCACUUGAUUUGGUUAAAAGAGCUGGUGAUGUCGUGACAUUUCUUAUUCAAAGAGGAUCUGCUCCACAUCCUCUUUUUCAGCAACAGCGGAAUCGACCGACGUCCGCAUUACCGUUUUCGAACUGGGGAAAUGGUUCAAGUAUCAUUUCCCCAUCGUAUCAAGAGUCUAGCCCACUGAGUCCUACGGGUUUUUUUCGUAAUCGAGUCUUUGAAAGAGUACCCAGUCCUAAACCGUUACUGAGCCAAACUGGUAGUCCCUUAAUGCCAGGUCCUGUACCAUCUGUUUCAACAAAAACGCGUGGCAGUAUGCUACCACCGUCAUUUCAUACCGAACGACAGAAUAUGUUCAACACAAAUCCAGUAUCACUGUAUGAAAAUACCUAUUCACUAUCUUUACCUCAUACGUUUACACAAAAUUCUAAUGUAAAUACACGUCAGCAACAUCAAAAUAGUUACAGUCGUCAAUCAACAAAGACAGUAACCAAUAGAUCAGCCUAUCACCAACCUCAACAGCAAAAUAAUGAUCUUUUGAAUAAUUCAAUGUGGCGAGACUCACCUAAUGAGUCUGAUGUUUAUGUACCAUCCUAUCAAAAAAAAGUAUCCGUAAAUCCAAAUCUACAACGCCAGUUGACCACUGUAUCAGUGUCAAAGCCACUAAAUCGAAUUGUAAUGGGAAAUAGUCAAAUAGUUCACAAACAAUUUAAUUCACCAAUUUCACUCUAUUCUCAAAAUAAUGUACAAGAUGUUAUUAAUGGCGUCAGUAAAAUUAGUGUUAGACCACUUUCAUCACAUUUAGUACAAAAUCAUUAUGUUGCAAUUAAACCACAAAAUAACACAAAUACAACUUUUAUAUCAUCUGCUAUGAUCUACACAAAACCAGUCAGUUUUUCAAAUAUGACAUCAACACAUGAAGAAAAUGAUUAUGAACAACAGCAAAUGACGAGAAAAUCACCAAAUGGUAGUGAUGGUUCAACAUCCUAUGAUCCGUACAACAAUAAUAAUACUAAUAAUAGCGAAGAGAAAGUUAUAGCUGAUGGAACCUCUACGGUGAACGGUUACAAUGGGAACGAUACAAAUUUACCAGGACCAUCCGAAUAUCCAUCUUCUGCUCGAUAUUCAGCACCGACUUCAAAUACAAAUUCUUAUACAUCGUUAUCUAAACCAGAUGAUGAAAGGAAAUUGUUCGUUGGUGGUUUAACAUGGGAUACAACGAAUGAAGAUUUACGUGAUUAUUUUCAAAAUUUUGGUCAAAUUAUGGAUAUUUCGAUUAAACAUGAUCCAGCAACGGGACGUAGUCGUGGUUUUGCUUUUCUUGUUUUUGAUUCGAAGGAAGUUGUUGAAAAAAUUUUAUCACAAAACGAUCAUUUUGUCAAAGGACGAAAAGUUGAUCCAAAAUCGGCACGUCGUCGUUUGCCGCCAACGUCAGUAACAAACGCAGUGAAUCCCUCACCUUAUAAUUCGAUAAUGACGCAACAAGCAACUGAUAACAUGAACAACAAUAGUAAUACUUUUAAUCAAUAUAAUAAUAAUCGAAAAGUAUUUAUUGGAGGGUUAGAUCCAAAUUUUCCAGAUGGUGAAUUGAGAACAUACUUUUCCCAGUUCGGUAAAAUUGAAGAAAUUGAUUUGCCCUACGACAAAGAAAAAAAUGAACGUCGACCAUUUUGUUUUAUAUCAUUUGAAACUGAACAAGCAGCACAAGACGUAUUAAGAAUUCAACGACAUUCUAUUGGUGAUAUAACCGUUGAUGUCAAACGAGCUAAACCAAAAGUAAUGACAAAUCAACAACAGAAUCUCUAUGAUCCAUAUCAACAGGCAGCACAACAACAACAAUAUGCUUACGGACAACAAUCGGCCUACGGUUAUGGCCAAGAUCCUUACGCAGCAUGGAAUGCCUAUGCGGCCUACAGUAAUAAUCCAUAUAGUUAUUCAUCGACGGCAACCGCUGGAUCGCCAUCAGCAGCCGCCUCAACUUAUCCGGGUUAUUCAUAUCCAACAAAUUCUGGUUAUCCUCCUCAAACAUACGAUUAUUCAUCUUAUUACGCUUCAGCUCCACCUCAAACAACUGGUAGUUAUGAUCCACAAGCCUAUGCUACUCAAUAUGACUAUGCCUCACAAUAUUACGGAAAUUUACCGGGACAAGAUAAUAUGACAAAUAACGAUAAUUCACUCGAUCCUACACAUUCGGAUUAUGAUCAUGAUUCGAAUAGCCAUUCAUAUGGAAAAGCGAAAACAUCGAUUAUUCAAAGUCCAACAUAUCAUCCAUAUUCAAGGAGUUAA